AUGAAACUUGCUGGACAAUUUCAUAUGGCGGUAGAUAUGGCGUUUAACGGAGAGCUUUUCAACAUUUUUUCAUGGUUACCUGCAAAAUCAAUCAUCAAGUUCACUUCACUUUGCCAAUCAUCCAACAAACUUUUAUCUGAAGAUUUUUUCAUAAAGGAACAGUGCAAAAACAUGGCGUUAAAGGAUGAUUUAAGUUUUUCUAUUCAACCCAAUUCAUGCCAGAGAUAUAAGGAUAAAGUUGAGUUCCACACUCUCUCCUAUGAUGAUUCUUCAUCAACUGUUGUCCCUUACAAGUCCUUACAUUUCUUAUCAAAUGCUGGUCGAGUUCUUGCAUCUAGCAAUGGCUUACUUUGCUGUAGAAACAUCAUCGACAAUCAAACUGGGCUCUUUAUCUGCAAUCCAACAACAAAAACAUGGUUUUCGAUUCCGGCGCCAGAGGGCUUAAAACUCCAAGAUUCAGACUUCAAAAUUGUGUUUGAAUGCAAAAAUGAUUUGGGCAAGUUUCCUGAUGACUAUCUCUUGAUGGUACUAUUGGAUACAUACGAGUGGUCUUCAAACUUUCUAUGCAAAAUCUACUCACCAAAAGAAGGGACAUGGAGAGAGAAUGGAACUAUCAACGCCGGAGCAAGAAGUAUUCUUUCAGAAACACCUGUCUAUCACAAUGGUGUAGUUUAUUUUAUAUCAGAUUGCUUCUCUUAUCUCUCAAAAAAUAGUCCUUUUUACUGGCCCUAUAUAGUGUCUUAUGACACUCAAACUUUCGUUUCAAGUUUCAUGAAAAUCCCAAAAGAUGCAAGGAGAGGCCUUCAUGAUCCAGCCUGCAGACUGUGCAUUUUCAGGUGGGGAAGUGCAGAGAUAUGUCUUGUUAAACAAUUAAAGUCUGUGUUUUCAAUGUGGGUAUUGACUGAUCAGAGCUCGAGUUCAUGGAAAAGGGUUUUGAAAAUGAGGGUAAGAGCUAUGGGAGUGACGGAGAGAGACCCUAAAGUUGCAGGGUUUACAGUUUUAAAUGGGCAUUCGUUGGUUUUUGCUACUGAAGAGAAGGUUUAUAAGUACAGAUUGAGUGGUGGGAGGAGUGAGAGAGCUGAAGAAAUCUGCCGGCAUGAAUGUGGGAGAAACGUGUUUUUCAAUGCCUAUUCGAAUGCUCUUCGUCCUUGUGGAGAUGGGGCAACGCCAUUGCCCACAUGA